CAUGCACCGCUCAAAGCUACACAAUUUGUCGUUUUUUUUCUCUGCUAUUUGGUAGUGAUAUUUUCAUUGUCUUUCUGUGCCUUUUAUAUUAACACAGGUGCUGUUUGAAUCUUCCAUUGGCCUUAUUUAAAGAGUAAGAAACAGAUUACUAAGACGCUUGUGCUACGCUAGAACAGAUUCGAGUUAAAUGAUUUCCUUGUGCAGCAGAUUAAAGUGCAAUAAUUAGAAAGCAUCAGAAUCCAAUUGAUUGAGUGUGGCUUUCGUCUGUUUUCAUAGUGAAUAGGCAAUUGUGGGAGAUAGCGUACGAAAACUACGGUCAAGUUAGGCUGGCAAAACAAUACAUCACAUAUCACACACCCAUGUAUCAACAAACAGAAUGACUCACUGGUGUUUGACCAAUGGCGGAAACAAGGCUGAAGGAGUGUCCGUACCUGCGUUCGCUUCCGCAUAGAUAAACGCACCAUAUCUCUUGCUCUAUGCUGUGAACGUCAAGUGUACGGGAUCCCGUUUUUCCGCAACAUCACUUCCGCCAGUGGAGCAUUUCGUCGUUCGCGAGUGUACGUCACAUGAUUGCAGGCUGCAACCCAAGGCGCACAGGCGACGGGAGGAGGGCAAAUCCGUUCCGUUUUUCCCGUGCGAAUUUUUUGCACCCGAUGCGAAAUGGGCAACUGCCUCAAAGGAUGCCUUUCCGACGACACCAACGGGGGGAUGAGCCGCACACGGAUGAAUGCAAGUGAUAGUCAGUACGAGAUCCUGAUCGAGGGAAUGCAGCCCACGGACGGGCACCCGGAUGAGGGUGGUGAGUUGCAAGAAGCAAUACAAAUCAAAUCAAAUAGAAAAUCAAACUUUUUCAAGAAAUUCUGUACGAAAACGAAUGUAGACUAUGCAAGACUGAACAAAGCAAAAAACAAUAAUUUUUCCAAGCGCAUUGCCACCGCUGGCAGCACAAGCAAACAUAAUCAGCAUCCAAAGUCGGGAUUGGACAUACAACUGCAGUGCCUCGAUGCACAUUCUUUGCUGCUCGUGUCGAAGGAUGGCCAUCGGAAAACGAACAACGGUUACAACGAUCUGCAAACGGACCAAACCUCCACUCCUGGCAGUUCGCUCGAUUUGGAGUGGGAAAACGAUUACGGCUAUCAGCACAGUCAGUGGUUAUCACAGGAAGACGAUCAACCGGAAGCUCCACAGUUGCAAAGUUUCCCUGCCUCGGUUCAAGAAUCGGUAUUCAAGAUCGAGGAGUGGUCAACACUGAAACGCAGCAAGGACCGUAUCAAUGCACUACGCAAGCUAGACCACCAACACCAACAACCUGCGCAGCAUCAGGAGGCACAAGGCAGUGGCAGUCGGUCCCGCCUGAUCCACUCCACCAACUCCCCCGGAGCGGCGGAUGACGUUACCGGAUCACUGGAAUGCAUUUCUCGGCCAGUGCCACCGGGUGGCCGUGCAUUUCCCUCCUUCGAACAGCAUCAUGCAGCUAGUCUGACGAGCGUGGACCGAAUGAUGCACGGUGGAUCGUCGGACCUUUCGCACAUAUCAUCGACGCCGGAGGGUUCGCUGGAAUGGGACAUCGAUCAGGAUCGGCAGCUGAAGUCGGAAAACGAAUCGCUCGAUUAUGACACCAAGGAGUUGUUGUUGGAGAUUGAGCAGUUUAAAAAUCGUGUGCUCAGCGAAACAGGCGCAACGCUGAAAGAUGAUGAGCUGCCGAGCAGCUGAUCGGACAGCAGCCCAAAUGGGGAUUCCGAUUUUGAUGAUUAGAGUGUUCCCCAUGAAGAAGGAGGCAGAACUUGAUCACGUUAGAAAGGACGUAUCGUAGCUAGUAAGCAUUGUAUAGUAGUAGAGCUGCAGAAAAUAAGUAUAUUUAUUGCGUGUUUGUAUCAAUGUAUUAGCACCAACGUGAAACAUGUAGAGCGCAUAAUAGCGAAUAA